UGUAGUCCUUUGCUUGACGUUCCAUUUCGUUAUUACGUUAUUAGUUGGAGCUUUCUGUACGAAUUAUAAAUCACGUGUUGUGUUUUACUAAUGUUUAGUAAAUUGUGUAACGCAUAAGCUCUAGCAAACUUUUUAAUUAUCAUGAAUUCUUACGAAGACUACGAUCAGGGAUAUGGGAACUAUGAGUACAGCCAGUAUGAGUAUGGAGACUUGCACACAGGGGACCCUCAAAGAGAUAUUGAAUACGAUAGACAUUACAAAAUGCCAGAAGUUGUGAAAAAAUUUCUGUUGUACUUUUGUAAUGCCUUAAAUGAAGGAUUGAUUGAUGAUCUUCAGAAUAUGUACGAGAACACAUUCCCCAAGCUCACUGAAAAGUUCUUUGACAAGCAUGCUUGGCCUGAUGAAGAAGAAGUUGGACACAUUGUUGAUAAUGAUCCAAUUUUCCUAAUUCUCUACAAGGAGCUGUACUACCGCCACAUUUAUGCCCGUGUGUCCGGUGGUCCUUCAUUAGAGCAGAGAUUUCGCUCUUUCUAUAACUACUGCGACCUUUUCAACUACAUCCUAGGUUUCAAGGCACCAGUACCACUGGAGUUGCCUGACCAAUGGUUGUGGGAGCUGGUGGAUGAGUUUGUCUAUCAGUUCCAGUCCUUCUCCCAAUACCGAGCUCGCCUCAUGAACAACCAGGACAAGGACAAUGAGUUGGAUUGUGUCAAGAAGAACAACGAUGUCUGGAAUGUACUGGGUGUACUCAAUGUUCUACACUCGCUGGUAGACAAGUCCAACAUCAAGCGGCAAUUAGAGGUGUUUGCUAGUGGAGGAGAUCCAGAAUCUGUGGCCGGGGAGUUUGGUCGUCACUCACUUUACAAGAUGUUAGGCUACUUCAGUCUGGUAGGAUUGUUGAGACUCCACUCUAUGCUUGGAGACUACUAUCAAGCCAUCAAGGUUUUGGAGAACAUUGAGCUGCACAAAAAGAGUCAGUACUCAAAUGUGCCAGCUUGCCAGAUCACCACCUCUUACUAUGUGGGGUUUGCUUACAUGAUGAUGAGACGCUAUGCUGAUGCCAUCAGGACCUUCAGCUCUAUCCUCCUCUACAUCCAGAGAACCAAACAACUCUUCCAGAGUCGAUCCUACCAGAAUGAUCAGAUAAACAAGCAGACUGAGCAGAUGUACCACCUGCUGGCGAUCUGUCUGGUAUUACAUCCUCAGUGUGUGGACGAGGCUAUACAGCAGGUGCUGAGAGAUAAGAAUUAUCACGAGAAGAUGUACAAGAUGCAGUAUGGUGACUUGGAAGAGUUUGAGGCCUGUUUCAUUUUUGCCUGCCCCAAGUUCUUACCUCCCAUGCCCCCCAUGCAGUCUCAGGAUGAUUACGUCAAAGAGGCCAUGAAAUACCAAACCCAUGUAUUCAUGGACGAAGUGCGCCAACAAAAAAUGAUUCCAACUAUUAGGAGUUACUUGAAGCUCUACACUACUCUACCUCUGUCUAAGCUAGCUUCAUUCAUUUACGGUCAGGAUCGUAAUGGCGACAUGGAAAAGAACAUUGCGGAGUUGAGGAUUCAUCUGUUGUGUUUCAAACACAAAAUGAAGAACAUUGUGUGGACCAAGGGAACUUCGGGACUAGAGGGUAGCUUCCAGUCCGACUCAGAGUUGGACUUCUACAUUGACAAUGACAUGAUCCACAUCGCAGACACAAAGGUAGCUCCUCCUUAUGGUGAUUUCUUCAUCCGCAAGAUCCACAAGUUUGAUGAGCUCAACCGCAAACUGCACUAUACCAAGAUUCAAUAACAUCAAAUGUAAAAGAUUAAGAGAAUAAACAUUUGCAGUGGA